GUCUGUUCGGUCUCUCGCCACGCCCAGUGCCGCUUGAGGUCUGACGACAGCCUCAGCUCGGCAUAGAUCAGGAAAGAUCGAGUGGGGCAUAUCGUUGCGAGCGAGCGAGCAGGAAUACCCGUCAAGGCAUGCUGACUGCGCCUGUUUCGAGCGAUCAGACGAGCUACACCCGCUAAGGGCGUGGCUCGAGGACCAAGCCAGUGCUUGCUUCCGCCCCGAGGCAUGUCAUACAUCGACAACGAGAGAGCGCACUACGAUCGCAGCAACCACACUGAACCCAACCGGUCUCGCCAUUUUCAUCCAACUGCUUCUGGAUCGCUCUCCUCCUACACUCGACGCCACUCUGACUCGUACAGCCGGUCCACCUCAGACGUAGCUAUUCGUGGUCACGAGACAGUUUCGCGUGCCAUCUUCGAUUCUGCCAUUCAGGGAUUGCAGCCGCGCCAGUCACAGCGCAGACAGGAACCGACAUCCCGUUACAGUCGAAGGGCUGAGGAUCUGCACGUUGCCAGUCAUAGCAGAGAGCGACGCGGUCUCAGCUUGCUCGAUCAGCAUACUGCCCAGGGGAACGUCACGCUCGAAGUCUCUGACGGCGACGACGAGGACGACGGUGAUCACGCGCCUUCACCCUCCGUCUCGCUACCUCGUUCGUUCAAGCAGACUCCUCUGAGAUUCCCUCCGAGUAGUCCCGUCAAGACGACUACGUCGGCGCGGAAAGUCAAGAAGACGGUCUAUGAGCAAGGCUUAUCGGAUUUCGAAGAUAGCGAGCCCAUUGCCAUUUCGAGCAAGAAAGGCAAACAGCGAGCUCUACCGGCAGUCUCGCCGCGUACUAGUGAGACCGGACUGACGCCCCCGCCCAUCAUCAGUGUCUCGAGCAGCGACGAAGACGAGCGACCAGCGCCACCUUUUGAUUCGAUAUCGACUUACUCGAACAAGCCUGCCCCGUCUUAUCACCCUGGCAUCAGAGAGAGGCGCGGUUCUGCGCCGAACAGAUCUACAGAGAUGCAGUAUGCCGGUAUGGCGGCACAGGAGCGACAGCUCAGAGAGACAGUGCGCAAGAAUUUGGCCACUCAGGUCCUCGAAACGCCUGCCAAGAGCUUUUAUGACGCACAGAACGGCGCCAAGAUAGCAAACAAACCGAAGCCCACCCCGAUCGGACCACCUAAAGAUCCAGAACAGUCUUCCCGACUUCCGACUGGGCUUUUUGCCGAUCAUCUUGCAAAGAAGCGAAAGAUCGAUGCGAAUGCUGGCGUCCCACUGAAAUUCAAGAAGCAGCUGCCGGUCACUUCGAUAGCCGGUAGCAAGCAAACGAGUAAGAUGCAGCCCAGAAGCGAGAAGAAAAAGUCAGACGACGAGUUGCAACCGGACGAGCUCAACCUUGUCAGAGGCAAGGCGCGGUCUGUUGCCACUCCGUACUAUCCCCAGACGUCGAAAGCAAGCACAUCAAAGUCGCUGGAGCAGCAGUAUGAAGAUGAGGAUAAGGUCACCGGUCGGUCGCAAAAGCCGUCUCUCCCGAGCUUUUCAAAGAAAGCGGGCAAGAAAGUCAGCAUCAAGGCUUGGCACUACUCUAUCGACUGCUUCGGAGAUGACAACAAGUUUUCUGGCUCGAUGGAAGACUGCUGCUGGCAAUUGGAGAUCAAUUCUGCCAAGCGGCCUGGCGAGACCCUCGACAUCCGCAAAGAAAGCGCGGAUGGCACUAGAUGGAAUACGACGCAAUUAGACCUCAAGCAGGUUACACAGGCGCAAGCGACUGUCGAUCAGGGCGCCAUUCAGCGUUCCCGCCUGCUGUCCUUCACGUUCAGCAGCAAGCCGGACGAUCUUCUCGAGCUUCGGCCAGAUGGUCGCUCUUUUCCAGAGCUCAGACAGGGGCCGGCGACACUCUCUUUCAUCAUCGACGCAGCACCUGAGAUGGACAUACGGUCAUUCAGAUCUACUGCAUUGACCGAUUAUGAUAGCUUCGUUCAACAGCUCAACAUAGCCAUACCUGCAGCAAGCCCUGGGACGAGUCUCUCCAAGCACAAAGCGCAUGCGACUGCUGCGGUCAUACAGCAGUGGUUUGAGACCGAUCCUGCUUUCGGACCCGAUCUGACGAUCAGAGGCGAUCCGGCGCACGAGCCGGUGAACCAGAGAACGCCGCCUCGUGCUCGAGGGCCAAUCAGUAUCGAAGACUCGCCCGAGAAAGUUCCGCCUAAGUCUCUGAGCAUCAGAGGCGUAGCCGAAAAGGUCAAACAAGACAAGCUAGCCGCAUACGACAACCCGCCUAAACCUAGGCCAAGACCGCGUCCCAGCCUGACAGCUCUCGAUGAGCCUGCACGGCCCACGCGGCAAUCUGCUCGCACUCGUGCUAAUGAGGAAGCACUUAACAAAGACAGGCCGCUAGACGAUGGCGAAGUGAUGCUGGUCUAUCCUUUUGAUGCGCCUGGCGCGGUAUCAAUUACAAAGGGCGAUUUCAACCGCCUCGACGAAGGCGAGUACCUCAACGAUACCCUCAUCGAAUUUGGUCUCAAACUCAUCCUUGAUGAUAUACGAAAGCGCGACGCUGCAUUAGCAGACAAGAUUCACAUCUUCAACUCGUUCUUCUACAAGAAGCUUUCGCAGCGAAGCAAAGGCUUCACUGAGCAGGAUGCUUACGACUCUGUCAAGAAGUGGACAGCCAAAUUUGACUUGUUCGACAAAGACUACAUCAUCAUACCUGUCAACGAACACUUUCAUUGGUACCUAGUCAUUGUUGUCAACCCGGGCGGUAUUCUCGAAACACCCUCGCCUCCAGAGCGGCCACCACGACGGACGACAAAACGGCUGUCGAAACUUCGGACAAGCGAUGAUGAGCAGUCGGAUGCCGACAUGUCCAUCUCCACUAGGUCAAGCGGUGCUACGGAUCUCCCGAGCAGUCCGCACCAGCUCGUAGCCAGAGCUCCGUUCGCGCACGAUCUGCUAGCUUUGCAUAGGAUUGAGCUCAUGAAGGACAACACAUCAUCAAAAGUCAAAUCUAUCAGCUUCGACUCGAUGGGCGGCAGGCAUGGCAAAGUCCACAAAGAUCUUCGGUCCUAUCUCGUACUCGAAGCGAAAGACAAAAGAGGCAAACUGUCCUCAGAGUUGUCAGUCGAAGAGGUGUCAGGCAUCGCAGCAAGAUGUCCAGAGCAGCAGAAUUACCAUGAUUGCGGCGUCUACCUGCUGCACUUCGUCGACGUUUUCUUUCGUGACCCGCAUGCGAUGCUCGACAAUUUACUGCACAGAUCUAUGGACCGCAGUACUCUCGCUAGCUGGCGUGGCGAGGAGUGCCUGGCUCGGCGUAAGACGAUGCAGGCCACCAUCACGGAUCUGUCAAAGACGUGGUCAAGCUGGAAGGCGGAUCAAGAUACCGACGAGGAUCGUACAGACAAGGAGAAGCCACAAACGAGCGACGAGAACGUCAAGCUUAAAGCAUCAGCGUCAGUCACAGAAGUCCCAAGUCCUGGCGAGAAAGAUUCAUCGGUCACAACGACAGCAUCUCUAGCGCUUGACAAGGCAGUCGCGCUCGACUCGACCAUGCUAGCAGCAGCAGAAGCAAAGGGAGAACAGGCUCACGAAGUCCCUGUACGUGCUGAAACGCACGGUCUACAACCGGAUGCCAAUGACAUCAGCGGGAAAGACCUCUUCGGCUCAGAACUGACCUUGGACGAUGAUGCGAUGGAGGUCGAUAGUGUGACGCCGGUGCACGCACCUACUGGUCACGUGCAACCCGAAAAGAUUAUCCAGAGCGACGAUGAGCUCGAGAUCAUCGGCCAGCCGUCGACAACACGAACGGCCGGCGCAGGAUACCACACACGAUGGCCACUUGUAACUGAUGUGACCGAGCGUCCGGACAUGCCAUCAAUCCCGUCUCGAACCAAUGGCAACCCGGAGGUAGAGGGCAUCACCGCGCACGCCGCCUUGCCGCCGCUCGAAGUCCUGGGUCCCGCGCUGCGUCCUCCACCUCUAGCCGGCCGUCUCGAGGCGGGUGGACUCAAGAGCAUGAGCAGCUUCGAAUCGACUCUGCCCUCGCCUGACGUGACACAGCCACCUGCUGGGCCGCAGAGUCUCGAUGCCGACCACGAAUACGCCGUUCAGCUCCAUGCUGAGUACAACGGCAAGAGGAGCACGCGAUCCAGGCCAUUGCAGACGACUGGCCCAGCACAAGCCCUGCACACGCCAAGGCAAUCGAUGGCCAGUCACGAGGAAAAUGUGCCAGAAGCCAUCAUUGUAGAAGAUUAGACUUGUUGUUGAAAUCUACUUCGCUUGCCGCUAAGGGCCUACGACGCGAUG